GGAACCCUGGAAGGCGUCCACGAAGCCACAUCACUACCUGUUGUCCAUUUGGGCUCAUGUCUGGCCACUGCAUUUGGAAGGAUCCUGACUCAGACUUGGCCUGUGUGUUCGUGUCCCUGUUCGUUCUCCCAGGACCCCCCCCUUACAUGAGGAGGUGAGGUUGCAUGUUGCUGAAGCCUGCCAGUGCCAACCUCUACCCAAAGGCAGCCACCUCUCCACCCGAAGCAAAGUCUCCCAGGUGACAGAGGUUCUCUGAAAGCGACCAUCUCCCGGCCCACACGAGGCGAGCAUGGGCUUCACAGACGUCCUGGAGAAGGUGGGAACUGAAGGCCGAUUCUACAUCAUUCACAUUGUUCUCUUAGCUAUCCCGAUUGCCAUCAUGGCCACCCACAACCUCCUCCAGAACUUCGUGGCCGCUGUCCCCGACCAUCGGUGCAGGGUGCGGCUGGGAGAUGCGGAUUCGAGGUACCUCAAUGUGACAGAGGAGCCACUGAGGGAGGAGUUUCUCCGGGUGUUCCUGCCCCUGGACCGGGAAGGGAGGCCGGACAAGUGCCGCAUGUACACCUCCCCGCAGUGGCAUCUCCUGGGCACCAACGAGACGCAGGGCAACGGGAGCCAACCUGACACACAGGAAUGCACCGAUGGGUGGGUGUACGACCACUCCCAGUUCGCAAUGACGAUCGUCACAGAGUGGGACCUGGUGUGUAACCGUAAAUCGCUGAGACACAUGGCACAGUCUCUCUACAUGGCUGGAAUCCUGGUGGGAUCCAUCAUUCUCGGGAGGCUCUCCGACAGGCAUUCACAAAGUAGAACUGAGAAAUACAAUAGAAUCAAUGAAAAACUACACACAAGGACUGACGAACAACCAACGUGCAAAAGACAGACUGUGUACGGGCGGCGGACAGUCCUACUGUUGUCCCACCUACUGCUGGCGGUGUCCGGGACGUGCGGCGCCUUCUCCUCCUCCUUCCCACUCUACUGCUUCUGGAGGGUCCUGUCAGGAAUGGCGGUGUCAGGGAUAAUACUCAACACAGUAUGCCUGAGCAUCGAGUGGAUCCCGAUGACAUUCCGGAUACGGGCCGCCACGUUUUGCAACUAUUUCUACACCCUCGGCCAGCUGAUCCUGCCCGGCAUCGCGUACGGAAUCCAGGACGGCCGCUUGCUCUUCCUGGUCCUCUCCGUGCCUUUUUACGUCUUCUUCCUCUACUCUUGGUGGACUCCUGAGUCCGCCCGGUGGCUCGUGAUGAACGACAAGGCUGACGUGGCUCUUAAACAGCUCAAGAGAGUGGCGAGGAUAAACGGCAAAAAGGAGGAAGCUGAGGAGAUAACCGCUGCGUUCCUCAAGUCCAACAUGGAGGCGGAGCUAAAAUCCAGCAAGGGGACGUACAACGCCCUCGACCUGUUCAAAACUCCCACAGUCCGCAGGAUAACCUUCUGCACCAUGUCCAUCUGGUUCUCAACGAGCUUCUCGUACUACGGGCUGGCAGUCGACCUGCAAGGGUUUGGGGUCAACAUCUACCUCAUCCAGCUCAUCUUCGGAGCAAUAGACAUCCCUGCCAAGCUGGUGGGUAUUUGCACCAUGAGUUACGUCGGCAGGAGAUUCACGCAAAGCGCCACCCUCAUCCUGGCGGGGUUGGUCAUCCUGAUUAACAUCUUCGUCCCAAAAGAUCUCCAGGUCCUGAGCAUGACCCUCGCCGUCAUCGGGAAGGGGAGUCUGGCCACUUCCUUCGCUUGCUGUUAUCUCUACGUUAGCGAGUUGUACCCGACCGUGAUCAGGCAGACAGGCGUAGGUUUGGCCAACACCAUGGCUCGGGUGGGCGCCAUCGUGGCACCGAUGGUCAAGCUGAGCGGCGACUACCUCCCCUUCGUGCCCAUGAGUAUCUAUGGCGGGAUGGCCAUUCUGUCUGGAGUAUUGGCCUUCGGUCUCCCGGAGACCCUCAACACCCAGCUCCCGGACACGGUCGAGGAUGUUGAGAGCAGGUGGAGACUGGGGAAGGCGCCAAAGGCGGAUGUGAUCCCGGAACCGGGAGCGCAAAUCCCCCUGGUGGAACAGAGGCCCUGAACCAGAAUGCCGCCUGGUGCCCUCGUCAACACACCUCCACAGAUGGACAGGAGGGGAGUGAAGGGGCCAACCUGCCAGAUCCUGCUACUGUUUGCCCAGCUGGAUAUUGCAACUUGUACCUCCUGUACCUAAUAACAUGGCCACUGAGUGUAUGUUCAUUGUCUUCUGCUGCUGUAGCCCGUCCACCUCAAUGUUCGAUAUGUUUUGCAUUCGGAGAUGCUCUCCCGCACACAAUUGUUGUAACAUGUAGUUAUUUGAGUUACUGUCACCUUCCUGUCAGCUUGAACCAGUCUGGCCAUUCUCCUCUGACCUCUUUCAUUAACAAGGCGUUUUCACCCACAGAAUGGCCGCUCACUGGAUGGUUUUUGUUUCUCAAACCAACCUCUGAACUCUAGGGUAGCCUUUCCCAACCCAAGCACUUUCACACUUGCCAACACCCCUCUUGGUCACAAUAUACUUACUAGCGCCCCCAUAGUGUCUACCAUAUGCUAACUUGAGAAAAGUGACCCUACUUUAAUUUUGUUUUGUCUUUAAACCUAGCUUACACAAUACCAGCUUCGAUAUCAAUGUGAUCCUUGAGUUUGAUGGUUUUUAGCAAGAGUUGAAAUAUCUGGUUCAAGAAGUGACAGCAAAAGCCUUAAGUCCUCUGAUGUAACAAUGUCCUAGCAGUUUCUGAUUUUUGUGAGUAUGUGGUUCGCUGCACGGAAGCCUCUUUCAACAAGGUAGGAGGGUGGAAAUGCAAUGAAGAGCAGUUUGGCUCUUCUCCAAAGACCAGGAAACUUUGAAUAGGACCAUAAGACAGGAGUAGAAUUAGGCCAUUUGACCCAUCGAGUCCGCUCCACCAUGGCUGAUCCUUUUCUCCCCUCAACCUCCUUCCUCGGCCUUCUCCCCCGUAACCUUUGAUGCCAUGUCCAAUCAAGAACCUAUCAAGCUCUGCCCCAAAUACACCCAACGACCUGGCCUCCACAGCUGCUUGUGGCAAUAAAUUCCACAAAUUCACCACCCUCCGGCUAAAGAAAUUUUUUCACAUCUCUGUUUUGAAUAGACACCUCUCUAUCCUGAGGCUGUGCCCUCUUGUCCUAGACUCCCUCACCAUGGGAUACAUCCUUUCCACAUCUACUCUCUCUAGGCCUUUCAACAUUUGAAUAAGAUCCCCUUUCAUCCUUCUAAAUUCCAGCAAGUACAGAGCUAUCAAACACACCUCAUAUUAUAACUCUUUAAUUCCUGGAAUCAUCCUUGUGAACCUCCUCUGGACCCUCUCCAAUGCCAGCACAUCUUUUUCAAGAUGAGGGGCCAAAACUGUUCACAAUACUCAAGGUGAGGCCUCACCAGUGCCUUAUAAAGCCUCAGCAUCACAUCCCUGCUCUUGCAUUCUAGACCUCUUGAAAUGAAUGCUAACAUUGCAUUUGCCUUCCUCACCAAUGACUCUACCUGCAAGUUAACCUUUAGAAUGUUCUGGAUAAGGACUCCCAAGUCCCUUUGCAUCUCAGAUUUUUGGAUUUUCUCCCCAUUUAGAAAAUAGAUUAGAUUAUGAGGACACGCAGUCCUCUUUUAUUGUAAUUUAGUAAUGCAUGCAUUAAGAAAUGAUACAAAUAGUCUGCACAUUUAUUUCUACGACCAAAGUACAUGAACAUGCAAACAUUCUGAUGUUCAGUCUGAACAAAUGAACCUCUUGACCAUGUUUGCAUGCUUUUAUGCAUUGAGUUGCUGCCACAUGAUUGGCUGAUUAGAUAUCUGUAUUGGUCCAGGUGUACCUAAUGAAGUGGCCACUGACUGUAUAUCACACACAUUCUACCUAUGCUAAACAGCACAAACACACACCUCUCCCCAUUCCCUUGUCUCCCUGUGAGUGGGCAUCACAUUCCCAUUGACUCACUCCACCCCCCAGUCCCACCUCCAGCUAUAAUAUUUUUGCCACGUCUGGGCAAAAAUGGGUUAAUUGACCUACUGACCCUGCAUGAUUUCCACACAUACAGUGCCUAUAAAAAGUAUUCACCCUCCACCAAGGAAGUUUUCAUGUUUUAUUGUUUUACAGUGAAUCACAGUGGAUUUAAUUUGACACUGAUCAACAGAAAAGACGUGUCAAAUUGAAAACAAAUUUUUACAAAUUGGUCUAAAUUAAUUACAAUUACUAAACACAAAAUAAUUGAUUGCAUAAUUACUCACCCCUUCAAGUCAGAUUUAGCAGAUGCAUCUUUGGCAGCAAUUACAGCCUUGAGACUGUGUGGAUAGGUCUCUGUCAGCUUUACACAUCUGGACACUGCAAUUUUCCCCCAUUCUUCUUUACAAAACUUUUCAAGUCCAGCCACAGAUUCCACUCCAGGACAUUAACUUUGUUGUUUUUAAGCCAUUCCUGUGUAGCUUUGGCUUUCUGCUUGGGGUCAUUGUCUUGCUGGAAAACAAAUCUUAUCCCAAGUUGCAGCUCUCUUGCAGACUGCAUCAGGUUUUCCUCCAGGAUUUCCCUGUAUUUUACUGCAUUCAUUUUACCCUCUACCUUCACAAGCCUUCCAGGGUCUGCUGCAGUGAAGCAUCUCCACAGCACGAUGCAGCCACCACCAUGCUUCACCACUGUUAGGGACAAUGUGUUUUUGAUUGUGUGCAGUGUUUAGCUUACACCAAACAUAGCAUUUAGUCUGAUGGCCAAAAAGCUCAAUAUUUGUUUGAUCAGACCAUAGAACCUUCUUCCAGCCAACUUCAGAGUUUCCAACAUGUUUUUUGGCAAACUUUAGCUGACAUUCCAUGUGAGUUUUUUUCGACAGUGGCUUUCUCUUUGCCUCUCUCCAAUAAAGCUGUGACUGGUGAAGCAGCCAGCAACAGUUGCUGUAUGCACAGUCUCUCCCACCUCAGCCACUAAAGCUUGUAACUCCUCCAGAGUUGUCUUGCUGGCCUCCCUCACUCGUCCCCUUCUUGCAUGGUCACUCAGAUUUUGAGGAUGGCCUGCUCUAGGCAGAUUUACAGCUGUGCCAUAUUCUUUCCAUUUCUUGAUAAUUGACUUAACUGUACUCCAGGGGAUAUUCAGUGACUUGGAAAUUUUCUUGUAUCCAUCUCCUGACUUGUGCUUUUCAAUAACCUUUUCGCAGAGUUGCUUGGAGUGUUCUUUUGUCUUCAUGGUGUAGUUUUUGCCAGGAUACUGACUCACCAGCAGUUGGACCUUCCAGAUACAGGUGUAAUUUAACUACAAUCAAUUGCAACACCCUGUCUGCACACAGUGAUCUCCAUUUAACUAAUGAUGUGACCUCUAAAACCAAUUGGCCCACCAGUGAUGAUUUGAUGUGUCAUAUUAAAGGAGGUGUUUACUUAUGCAAUUAAUUAUUUUGUGUUUUAUGUUUGUAAUUAAUUUAGAUCAUUUUUGUAGAGAUCCAGUUUCACUUUGACACCAGAGUCUUUUUCUGUUGAUCAGUAAAAAAAAGUCAAAUUAAAUCCACUGUGAUUCAAUAUUAUAAAACAGUAAAACAUGAACACUUCCAAGGGGGGUGAAUAUUUUUUAUAGGCACAAAAUACUCUGCAGAUGCUGGAGUCAAAGCAACACUCACAACACACUGGAGGAACUCAGCAGGCCAGGCAGCAUUGUGGAAACAAUCAGUCAACGUUUCGGGCCAGAACCCUUCGUCAGG